CGAUACUCUCUUCAUUACAGAUGCUUUUACGCAAACUAGCAGAUAGAGCAGCUGCUAUUGAUGCCUUUCCAAAGACCGAAGAUGACAAUCAGCAACGCAGUGAAAAAGGAGGUCUUUUAACUGUGUUGGUCGCGCUUUGCUUAUGCUUCUUAGCCUUAAGCGAGUUUUCAGAUUAUCAAAAGAUUUAUACCAAUUACAAGUUUAUUGUAGACUCAACCAUUGAUACCAAGAUGCAAAUCAAUAUUGAUGUGACUAUUGCUAUGCCUUGUCCUUCAUUAAUGGUACAUGUGGUUGAUGCUACAGGCCAAAGAACUCGCUUAACAGAUGCACUCAGGCUUAUUCCUGCUGAAUUCUCUACUGGAACGGCAACUAGGGACAAAAAAGUAGAAGACCCUAGAUAUAUUCAUGAAAUUAUUCAAGCUGCUUCUGGAAAGAAAUACAGUCAUGAAGUGGCUAAUGAUAUGGGUGCUUGUAGAGUAUAUGGAUCAUUGAAUGUGAAUAAGGUUGCUUCCAAUCUUCAUAUUACUUCAGAUGGUCAUGGUUAUGCCAGAGUUGCUCACACAAGCCAUGAUUUGCUUAAUUUUACACACCGUAUUGAUGAAUUCUCAUUUGGUCAAUUUUAUCCUGAUUUGGUCAAUCCUUUAGACAACAGUAUGGAGAUUUCAGACUCUCAUUUCGAAGUCUUUCAAUAUGCUAUUUCCGUUGUACCUACCACUUAUAUUGACUAUCAAAAGAAUGUAUUGCUCACGAACCAAUAUGCUGUCAUUGACUCACACAAGACAUUUCAAGAAGGACAGACCAUUCCCGGUAUUUUCUUUCGAUAUGAUAUUGAGCCUAUUUCUGUUCAAAUCAGUGAAGCACGUCAACAAUCAUUUUUGCAUUUCAUUGUCAGAUUGUGUGGCAUUAUAGGUGGUUCUGCUGUUACUGUGGGUGCUCUUUAUCGACUGUGUAACUUUAUUAUCACGGGAGGAAAAGAAGAUCCCAAAUUGUAUACUGCUACUCAGGGUAUGAUGCGAGAUGUCUAAACAAAGUCACACUUGAUCAAAUAAAUAUGUUUCCUUUCCUUUUCUUUC